AACAUGUUCAGAAAUUAGGCGCGCUACAAGUUGACAUUUCAUUAACAAGUGAAAUACAUAAAUAAUAAGAGAUAUUUUACAUGAAAUCAAGUUAGUAUGAUCCAAAUAGAGAUUGUGGAUUUAAUUGAUGAUAACUUCAAAACUUCUGUUGAAUAUGAAAACAAAGUUGAUAGUAAAGAUAAAAAUGCGAUAACUACACCACUUACUCGUCCAAAGCGAAAUAAAGCGAAAAAGGCUGCAACAACAACUUGCAAGAGAGUAUUGGAGUCCAUAGAAGAAACCAAAGGUGCCACUCAAUUAACAGUUAUUACAGAGAAUAUACAAACUACAACGAAGAAAAGGACUCCGAAAUUUAAAGAUCCACCUCCUAGUCAAUUGCGCAUAGAUAGUUUUUUCAAAAGUUCUUCUAAGUCAUACAAAAUUGAGAGCCUUUCAGUAAAGGAAGAAAAGUUGUUUUUAACGGCACGAGGAAGUACCACAAACAAAACUUCAAAAAAAGUUGGAGCAACCGCAAAUAAAAAAAUCAAGGGUAGGAAACGUCUAUUCAAAGAAGGUGACGAUUGCAGUUCGACAUCGUCAACUUCCAAAAGAAACAUGAACAACUCGGAUGUGGGGUCAACUUCCAGAAAACCCAAGCUUGAACGCACCACAUCUACGAAAGCUAAUCGUAGUUCUAAUAAAUGCUCAAAACGAAAAGCUAAGCCAUAUUCUUUAGAAGAUUUAAUCGAUUUAUGUUCUGAUGAAGAAGGUCUAGUAGACGAAGCUGCUAACUCACUAACAAAUCAAGUGUUUGCUUCACCCAGUAAACGAGAUAAGUCCGAUAAAAAUGAAGAGCUUUCUGAUUCAUGCAAGGUGCCGAUGGUGUCUAUACCCUUAAAUGAAACGAACUCUAAAAAUACCACAGACGAUUUGAAAGACUGUAUGGCAAAAGAAAAUGCACAACAUUCAAAGUAUAAUAACAGUUAUUUGGAUAUAAAAACAGAAGUAAAAAACAUCAACAAAAUUCCGGUGUCUUCAAAAAUUUUAGUGGAGAAUAAUUUAGUUAAAUCUGAACGAGUGAAAGAUAAGCAAGAAUCACAACUAGAUGUUGUUUCCACGUCUUUACCAAACCAAACCAAAGAUGCAACGAAUAAUUUUCAAGUGUCCAAUGGGAACACUUGCCCAACUCCAAUUAGAAUUGGAAACAAUAAUGAUUUACAAAAAUCGCCAACAGAACAACCUACAACCUCUAAAAGUAAGAGAGUUAGAAAAUUUCGUGCUUGUCCGCCUUAUAAAAAAAUAGCUGGUACUACUUUUGCUGUGGAUGCGUUUCAAUAUGGACAGAUUAGUGGCGUUACGCACUACUUUCUGACACAUUUCCAUGCGGACCACUAUCAAGGUUUGACGCGCAAAUUCGAAAUGCCAUUGUAUGUGAGUCCAAUAACCGCGAACUUAGUGCGCGCACUCAUAUCAGUGGAAAAUAAAUAUAUCCACGAAAUAGAACUCAACGAAUCUGUGGUGAUAAAUGAUGUUGAAGUUACGGCAAUCGAUGCAAAUCACUGUCCAGGUGCGGUAAUGUUUGUAUUUAAACUGGCCAGCGGCCAAUGUAUUGUACAUACUGGAGACUUUCGUGCCUCACCGGACAUGGAGUCAGAGCCGAUUUUCUGGAAUAACAACAUUGAUACCAUAUAUUUGGAUACCACAUACAUAGCGCAUAAACACAAUUUUUCAUCACAGUAUGAAAGUAUCGAUCGAGCAAAGCGUAUAAUACAAGAAUUCCGCGAAAAACGUCCAGAAACACGUGUUUUGUUUGUUGUUGGCUCCUAUGUGAUUGGAAAAGAACGUUUUUGGGCAAAUUUAGCGCAAGAAUUUAAUUUAAAAGUAUGGACGGAGAAGAAUCGAUUGAAAGCUUUGCAGGCCAUGGAUUUAGAAGAAGUACGAGAUUUACUAUGUGAUGAUCCGCAUAAAGCAGAAAUGCAUGUGAUAUCGAUUGCAAAAGUCAGCUAUCAAUCUUUAGUCGAGUAUUUUCGACCAUUUAAAAAGCAAUACGAUGCUGUGCUGGCAUUUCGGCCUUCCGGCUGGGAGAAGAAUGGCAAACCACAACUGCGUGGUGAAAUAAAUAUCGUGGGCAUUGAGUACUCUGAACAUUCCAGUCAUGCGGAGUUGGAACGCUUUGUAACAUACCUGAAGCCGCGCGAAGUAAUCAGUACCGUGCCCGUGAUGCAGGGUAAUCCAUGCAUUACACCGAAGAUACCAGAGAAGUGGUAUAAAUAUGUUAGCCUUAAAAGUAGGCACCGCAAUUUCCAGCCAUCGAUAACUAGUUUUUUAAAAAUGCGUCCUCGUCAACUGGCACAAAACGCCUCAUCUACCAAACUUAUCACGAAUUGUGUAACGCCUACGAAGUCGCCAGAUUACAUGCCCAACGGUCUAUCACAACUGAGUGUACGUGCCAUGGCUACUUGCAUAGAAGUGCAACGAGAUAAUAAGUGUCAGCAGGAACCGUCACUGAAAGUACCGCCUGUGAUUACUCUAUUUCCUGAAUCCGAUGCCUUAGAGGAUUGGUUAUCCUAGUUAAGCGUGAGAUUUGUCUCAGUUCUGUUUUUGUUAAUAAUGCUGUUUUCUCUAUACUUUGUAACUGCUUUAAUACAUUCUUUGUGAAUAGUUUAAGGUAAUUAAGCUUAAAGCUUAAAUUUUAUAUCACAAUUUUUUGUAUCACCUCAAUUAAUAAAACAUAUACAUGAAUUAUGGAUUUA